AUGUUACGGUACUGCUUCGCCUUUCUCUACUACUUCCAUUCGAUCAUGGGAUUAAUCCCGUUCGGGAUUAGCGACCGCCAUACCGUACAGCGUAGUAAAUUCAAACGGCGCUGGACACUUACGAUCGGUUGUGCGACAACGAUUUUAGUGUGUUUCAGCUUCGGUUCCAUUUUGACCGGAGCCUCGGGUUCAUCCACCACGUAUGUGGACUUGAUUCUCAUCCGAUCGCUAGUGCUGGUAGAGUUUUUCAUCCGCUACUGCUCUGUCGUCGUUUGUUUCUACCAGAUACUCACCAACGAAGCCAACCUGCACAGAUACAUCCAUCGUUUUUUCGCGAUCGUACAAAGUUUGCGGUGCAGUCAAUCAAUCAUCCCUCGAAUGGUGUACACCCUGGUUGCUAAGAUACUGAUCGUUGAUAUCGGGCUGUGCACACUGUUUGCGGUAAACUACGACAUAAAUCACCCAAGCGCGUACCGAAGUGGAUAUCGUACGGUCAACAUCUACGUGGUUAUGAUUGGUGCACAAAUCACGAACAUUAUUCUGCUAAUGCUGCUCUUCAGUUCGCACACCUACGCCCAAAUAAAUAGUCAGCUCGAUCGGACUGUGCGCCGGAUGCUUUGCUUCGAAACGGAGGGUUGCUACUGGAGCAGAAGAAGGGUCCUGCAGCAACAAAUUUGCUGUGACGCUAGCGAUACAAUCGAUCGGCACUGUGCGCUGCAUCAGGAAUUUACCGAGAUCAUACAAAGGUUGAUCUCGAUUUUUCAAAUCCUUGUCGUCCUGACAAACCUUAACCAAUUCGUCGUCAUUGUUUCACGAGUUUACUUUAUCUAUAUAACAACAGCUCAAAACGACAGUGACUUCAUCUCCCAUCAUCGGCUGUACAACUCGAUCCUGUACACCUGCUUUGAGGUUAUCCAAUGUAUUCUACUUACAUUAGGAUGCUCGAUGGUCACCAAAGAGGCUCGAAUGCCGGGGAUCACGCUGAACCUCUUCAUUGACGCUCCACUAGACGUACGUGCAGAACGCAGCAUCGAGGCGUUCAGCUUUGCCUUGUUGGGCACUGAUCUCAGAAUCAAGGUCGCUGGGUUGUACGUAUUGCGUGUAGUAUUCCCGUUUCUCGCUUUAGCUCGCCACGACGGUUUGUAUGUAUCUCAUCGUGUUGAUACAAUUCCAACAGAGCAGCUAUUAGCCAUGGAUGUCCAAGAUAUGUGCUGGUGGAAGUAUUGCAAAGAAGCAUUAUUAAAAGUUAUCAGUACGGUAUAA